AUGUCCAAAAGAUUAAGUGAAAUUAGAGAUCAUUUAAACAAGGUGGAGAAUGGCCCAAGUUGGAGAACUUCAAGGCCAGAUGAUGUAGUGAUCGUCGCUUCCUAUAGAUCAGCAAUUGGGAAAGGGUUCAAAGGCUCGUUCAAAGAGUUGAAUACAGACUAUUUGUUAUACCAAUUCUUGAAAGAAUUUGAUAAGAAAUUACCUGCUAAUUUGAGUAAUGAUAAGGGUAAGAUCGAAGAAAUUAUCUGUGGUAAUGUAUUGAAUCCUGGAGCAGGUGCUACAGAACAUAGAAGUGCUUGUCUGGCUGCAGGGUACCCUUAUUCGACUUCAUUUGCUGCCGUCAAUAGGCAAUGUUCUUCAGGUUUAACUGCAGUCAAUGAUAUUGCAAACAAAAUUAGAGUUGGUCAAAUUGAUAUUGGUUUGGCCCUGGGAGUGGAGUCGAUGUCCAAAAACUAUGCUACCGUGAACCCUUUAGGAAGAAUUUCUGAUGAAAUGAAGGAAAAUGCCAAUGCAAGAAAAUGUUUAAUUCCAAUGGGUAUCACAAACGAGAAUGUGGCUGCAACUUUCAAAAUUCCUAGAGAAGAUCAGGAUCUAUUUGCUGCAAGCUCCUAUAAUAAAGCUGAAAAAGCUGUCAAAACAGGUUUAUUCAAAGAUGAAAUCUUGCCAAUUCAAUUACCAGAUGGUACAGUAGUAGAGCAAGAUGAAGGUCCAAGACCAAAUGUCACAGCAGAUAGUCUGGGGAAGAUUAGACCCGCUUUUAUCAAGGAUAAAGGUGUAACCACUGCCGGUAAUGCAUCUCAAGUUUCGGAUGGUGUAGCUGGUGUACUUUUAGCAAGAAGAUCGGUGGCAAUCGAUAUGAAUUUGCCAAUUAUGGGGAAAUAUUUAGGUUUCCAAACAGUAGGUGUACCACCCGAAUUAAUGGGCGUGGGUCCAGCAUAUGCUAUCCCAAAAGUAUUGAAAGAUGUUGGUUUGACAGUGCAAGACAUUGAUGUUUUUGAAAUUAAUGAAGCUUUUGCUGCACAAGCCAUUUAUUGUAUCAAAAAACUGGAUAUAGACUUUAAAAAAGUCAAUCCAAGAGGUGGUGCUAUUGCGUUGGGUCACCCAUUAGGUUGCACGGGUGCACGGCAAGUCGCUACUAUAUUAAGAGAACUGCAAGAUGGUCAAAUAGGGGUUGUAAGUAUGUGUAUUGGGACUGGUAUGGGUGCAGCUGCUGUUUUUGUAAAAGAAUAA